AUGGCAGCAGCAGUCGCUUCAUCGGUUGGCGCUGCCAUAUCAUCUAUAAUAACAUUGAUGAGAAAGCAAAGUUUCUGUAACAAUUUUGUUCCAUUAAUGGAUUAUAACCAAGAAGAUUCAACGGGUGUCUUAAGUUUUAUUUCAACAUGUAUGAAUACACCAAAAAAAUUUGAAUAUCAUCCAUUUCUUCAAUAUACAAUAUUCAUCAUUGAUAUAAUUUGUGCAAUUAUAUUAACAAUUGAAGCGGUUGCAAAAAUGAAAAUUCGAGGAAUAUUAAUUGAUAAUUCAUUUUAUUUACAUGAUCUAUCGAAUCAUUUUGACGCUAUUAUGGUUUUAAACAUCUAUUUUUCUAUUAUCUUACAAAUGUUCGAAAUAAUUGGUAUUAUAAACAAAUAUUCAUAUCUUACAAUAAUUCGUUCACCACCUCCAUUUAUUCUGAUACAAGUUCUCAAAACAUUUCUCAAAUUUAAAUUAUCUAAAAGUCAAAUUAAAUCUAUUCUUCAUAACGUGACACAGCCAGAUCUAAUGAUACCUGAUACAUAUUGUUCGUCAACAAAAGAUGGUUUUCAUUGUCCAGAAAAUUUUACUUGUAAAAAAAUUGAAAUUCAACGAAAUUUCCGUAGUUAUAAUGCUAAUCAAGAAGGAUGGGUAUUUCUUAUGUAUCGAGCUAGUGUUAGUCUUCCAUCAUGGCCUGCAUUUUUUUAUUUUAUUACAUUAAUUUUUUUUCUUGUAUGGCUAGUCAAAAAUGUAUUUAUUAUCGUUAUUAUUGAAACAUUCGCUGAAAUUAGUGUUCAAUUCCAACAAAUGUGA